GAUAAAUAGGAUACCUGCAACACACAACGUUGUCGCAGUCGGGGAACCUCGGGGGUGUCUGCUUCGUAACCAGCCAGCGCGAUGUGGAGUUCUCCAUACGGAGUUACAGUCGCCCAUAUGGAGGAAUGCCAGCUCGGCUAGGCGACUUUUAUAUGCCUUGCUGUCCUGUCGCACUUGCUGCCAAGUCGUCGGGUGUUAUAAGGAGUGAAGUGGUUGGUGUUGCUGGAGUGAAUUGAACCUCCAGCUUCUCUCUAUAUUUGCUACCAUUUUUAUAUUUCUCAACUCUCACAACUUCUCAAAAGCCAUACUGCGCUUUUUUGCAUCUUUCUCCUGCUCUGCUUUUUUCCUUCUUGGUCUCUCCAUGCUGUCUGUCUUCCUCGCUGCCCCACGUGUUCUGCGCUAGAACUGGAGAAGGACAAAAAAAGGGAGCGAGGGGGGCAAAAGACUCCAGCUUCAUGAUGUCCAAAGCCUUCGAUAAAUAUACCAUCGGCCCAGAGAGCCCAGACGUCCAUAGCAAGUAUCAGCCAACAGAUGAAUUUGUCUUCCGGAGUCCGUUUGGGCCGUUUCCCAAGGUAGACCCAGAUCUGAACUUGCAUGAUUUCUUCUUUCCCCAGGAGAAGCCAAUUGACCAGCCGGACCAUGAUCUAUUCAUAGAUGGGUAUACAGGCACCACGGUGUCGUUGUAUCAGUUCUACGACAGAGUAUUAUCUCUCUCGAGAGCCCUGCGGCAUGACGGACCUAACCCGGUUGGGCUGGGGCAGUCGCCGGUAGAUGAUAACGGCAGUGGUGAAAUCCUGGGUAUAUUAUCAGGGAACCAUCUAUCAUGGCCGUUGCUGGUGCAUGCAUGUUUCCGAUCAGAGCUUGUUUUUGGUAGCAUCAGUCCCAAUUCAACGCCUUAUGAAUUAUACCAUGUCAUGCGCAAGAUGCAGGUCACAUCAAUGGCCGUCCAUGAGUCUCUGCUCCCCCUGUUGAUGGAUACUGUCCGGAAUGGUCCUCAGACGGGCAAUGACAGCAGACUUGAGUUUGUAUUUGACACCAGCAAGAUAGUAGUCAUAUCGGAUGAUCCCACGCUGCACACAGUGCAGGGUUAUCCUACAGUUGAGUCGUUAGUUCGACUUGGCUCAAAAACAUCAGAGAAACCGUGGAAGCGUUCAGGGGGAGAACGGUUAUGCUACCUCCUUCAGUCGUCAGGGACAUCUGGGUUUCCAAAAGCCAUGAUGAUAUCGCAUAAAAACGCCAUACACACUACCCUGCAGGGGAUGAUAACCUCGCGGCGGACGGCAGAGUUUGUAAGCUUUGACACAUCCAUAUGGCCUGCCCCGCCUUGAAUUGGGCAUACUGAUAUAAUCGAAUUAAAAUAGAUGAAUAUGGCGCCACCAUUGGCUGUGCUCCUAGGUAUAGUCCCGGCCUAUCACUCAUAUGGCCUGACUAUGUUCGCUCUUCGAGUCAACGUGAUGCGAAAUACAAACGUAUUAAUGGCCAAAUGGGACCUGGAGGCCGCUCUGAGGCUUAUUGAAAAGCACAAGAUCACCACUCUCCCUCUCGUGCCACCGCUUGUCCGACAGCUCGCUCUAUCGCCCCUUACUGAGAAGUAUGACCUUUCAUCCGUCACCUUGGCCCUAAGCGCAGCAGCCUAUCUCCCGCCAGACGUAGCUCACAGCCUAGGCAAGAAGCUACCGCAACAGGCCCCCAUCCAAUCUGGCUAUGGACUCUCAGAGGCGCUCUCUGUCGCCCAGCCGGUGGUCGAGGGUCUCUUUGGACUCUCACGCGCCCAGCCAGGAACGAUUGGACAUCUGAUGCCUGGCGUCGAAGCCAAGCUGGUUGACCCAGACACAUUCAAGCCUGUACCCAAGGGAACCAAGGGUGAGCUCUGGGUUCGAGCGCCCGUCGUAACUCCGGGUUACUACAAGGACCGGGAAGCAACCGCCAGCCUGUUCGCCGAGCCCGGCUGGCUGAGAACAGGCGACCUGAUGAUGCGAGACGCAGAGGACCGGCUGCACUUUCUCGACCGGCUGAAGGAGAUGAUCAAGGUGAAGGGCAUGCAGGUCGCGGCCACAGAAGUCGAGGAUAUCCUGCUGUCUCAUCCGGACAGGCUGGUGCGAGAUGCGUGUGUUGCCGGGGUCGACAACGGCCGGGGAGACGGUGGCCUCUUCCCUCGGGCGUGGGUGGUGCUCUCUGAGGAAGGCAGACGACGAGAUGCGAACCAGGUCGUCGUGCAGCUCGACGAGUUUGUCAAGAGCCGGUUGUCCAAGUACAAGCAUCUUGCCGGCGGUAUCGAGAUAGUCGACUCUGUAAGCCGGCCCAUUUUGUAUUCUCGAAGUUCUAUAUACUGACUGAGAGCAGAUACCACGGACACCCUCGGGCAAGAUGCUGCGCAGAGCGAUGCGAGACCAGUACCACUCGCGCCAACGGGACA